UGACGGCUACAGACCGCGGCAGGACACACGGAAGGAGAAGGGUUGCGUUCGGCUAUGCUGUGCUUGUCAGGAUGGGUGAGAGUCAAACUUAUGUGAAGCUCAGUGAAGAAAAACUAAUAUCAAAGUCUGACAUCUUGUCACUGCUCAGGACCUACAACUGCUACCAUGAGGGAAAAAACUUUCAGCUGAGGACACGAGAGGAGGAUGGACAGCUUGUUCUCGAGGGGCUGCUGAAUAUCUACUGGGGUCUACAACGACCAAUCAGGCUUCAGAUGUAUGAUGACAAUGAAAGAUUCCGUCUCAACCGGAAUGACAGAUUGACUGUGGCUAAGCAGCUCUCAGUAGAAUCUAACAAUAAUCCACCUGGCAAAGAAACGGGACCAACAAGUGGUGACAUGGGCGGUGAGGAGGAAGAGGACUCUCCUCAGCUGCUCAGGACCAGGAGUGACGCUUCCUUCAUGAGAGUUCAGAGGAGGUCAAAGUCACAUACCGCCAGAGACUUACAGCGCCUACGCACACACAGAUUCUCCAUCAACGGACACUUCUACAACCAUAAGACGUCUGUUUUUACACCUGCCUAUGGUUCCGUCACUAAUGUACGAGUGAACAGCUCCAUGACAACCGUACAAGUCCUCUGUCUGCUGCUUCACAAGUUUAGGGUGGAGAAUAAUUCUGAGGAGUUUGUCCUUUAUAUGGUUCAUGAGUCUGGUGAGCGGAUCAGGCUGAGAGAUGCUGAAUAUCCGCUGGUGGCUCGUGUGCUUUAUGGACCCUGUGAGAAAAUUGCCAAGAUCUUCAUCAUGGAGGCAGAUCUGGGAGAGGAAGUCACAUACGAUGUUGCCCAGUACAUAAAGUUUGAGAUUCCUGUUUUAGACAGUUUUCUAGAGAAACUUAAAGAGGAGGAGGAGCGUGAAAUAACCAAACUAACUAAAAAGUACAGCGCACUGAAGUCUAUGAUUCUACAUCAGCUUGAGGGCAAAGGUCACGCUAAUGACAGAGUAUGACAAGUGUGUGUGUGUGUGUGUGUGUGUGUGUGUGUGUGUGUGUGUGUGUGUGUGUGUGUGUGUGUGUGUGUGUGUGUGUGUGUGUGUGUGUGUGUGUGUGUGAGAGAGAGAGAGAGAGGUCAAAGAGUAAAAUAAAGACAAAAUAAACCAUAAAAUUCACCAGUUAUUUCUACUUUUAAAAUAUUGUACAUUUAUAUAUUCUUUCACCUGUUUUGGGUUUUUUGUUUUGUUUUUUCCUAAUGCUGCUCAUAUUUCACAGUUUAGUUAUCUUUUCUGUGAUGAUAUUCAUAUUUUGUACACAAGGUCUUUUAGUAAUGACAUGGACUUUUUAUGUAAUAAAUCUAUUUCAGUGUGGAGUUUGUAAAUGCUGCUGAUCUUUGACUCUGUUGACUAAGAAAUGAAACCCACAGUGUGGACUUCCCACAAAGAAAACAGCCAUUUUUAUUGCUUCCUGUCCUUCAACAGUGAUAGCAUCAAAAAUUUGCAUUGUUUUUCUCAGUGACCCCUUUUCCCAGCUAGUUCCCAUGAGUUGUGCAUGUAUGUUUGUGUAUGCACGUGGGUGUGCACACGUGUGUCUUACCACAUCAACAUUAUUUCCUGAGAGAGGAGGGCUGUUCCCUUUUCCCACAGUUUCAGUAACAGCAAAGCUAUUAUAAAACUUGGACAAUCCUUGGCAAUAAAAGCUGAUUACUUGCUCCUUUCUGUUUGUUGAUUGGUCAGACCCAUCCUCAGUCCUGGAUGGCAGUCGGCCAACCACAUAACUGUUCAUCCCCACUUUCAGAAAAUAGUCAUCUAUCAGCCAGAAUUUACAGUCAAUUCCUGGCAAAGAAGUUGCCAAUAAAGCAUUUUAAUAUACAGGUUUAUAAUGUACAUAAAUCACAAUUUAUUGUUGUUGAUGCUGUUUUUCUAACACAAAACCAGAAAAUAUUUGUAAUUUAGUUUACAACAUUGUUUUAUCGUAUAUUCCAAUGCAGAAACUACCUGACAACUAGUACUUCGUUAUAGUAAUUUAAAAAAAGGUGUUGCAGUUGAUGUUUUUACAAUUCUUUCAGUUGUUGCCAUUAGGGGUCACUCAUAUGUGGAUUUGACCUCUAUCAUUUUACAAAAACAUACCGUGGAAACAUUCUGUGGAAUACUCUAAUUAUUUUGGAUUCAUGAUGCAUUACAGUAUACAAUGAUAUGAUGUACAAUGAUAGAACAAGAAGUUACUGUGGAUUUGUGCUUCAUUAUAACAAAUUGCAGUUCUUACUUUUUUGUGUGUGUGUGUCUCCUUUUUUGCUUGAGGUCACCACAGUAAAUCUGAUAUGGAUCUGCAUGUUGAUUUGGCACAAGCUUUACACCAGAGGCCCUCCCUUAUGCAACUCCACACUACACAGAAAAUGGCCACUGGUGGUCUUGAACCAAGAAGCUUGUGUUUUGGAAGCCAGUGUGCUCCUGGACCUGGUGAUAGGAGUUGGCACGCUUACCUUUAUAGUAAGGAGGUCCUGAGUUCAAAGCCCACCAUGACAGCUGUCUAUGCUCACCUGGAAUAGAACCCAGCAUGUGCCCCUGGAAGUAUGUGAACUAUCCCAAGAGGGACCAUAAAAAUAGUCAAAGAGCUUUAUGUAUUUUCCACUAAUAAUUUGCAUAUAUAUUUUAUAAAGAUGUAUAUUAACUAAUAAAAUACAGUGUUAUCUAGGUUCAAGUCUAAAAUAAAUGUGCAUCUUUAAAUAUAAUCUUUGGUGAUGGAUUCAGUACAUACACUAUAUAAACCCUUUAACUCAACAUGAUCUUGAAAUCACAGCUGAUCAUUGUAUUGAGUGCUACAAGUCGGCACGACAUGCUUUGAAGAACAGAAGUCUGUUUCCAAACACUGCUGUCGCAUCAUAGGAUAAAGUUCUCUGGUUGAUAGAGACACAGACACAAUGU